AUGAGUUUACUUAAAUAUGACUUAUUUUCUUCCAAAUUCUACAUGAAUGUAGGUGGGUAACAGAUCAGAAAAGGUACAGUUUUCGGAAUUUUGCUAUCCUUACUUAUUAUCGGACUAGCGUCUGCUUAUUUUAUUUAUAUCCUUUAUUAAUAUUUUACAAAUGGAAUCGAACCUAAUUAUAGGGAGUAGAGCUUCAUAACUCAACAAAAAAUAGAUAUUGAGCUAAAUAAUAACUUAGUUGGGUUCAGGUUUGAGUACGAUGUCAACAAAAGUAUUUAGCAAUUAGAGGCACAACAAAAUAAAACAUAUUUUGUUUUUAUUGCUCUAUUUUUUUACACUGACAACGACUUUUAUCAAAAUAUUCCAUUAGAUAUAAUUGAAUGCACUGACGAGAAUCUAGCCGGAUUUUAUUGUUUAGAUUACUCUAAAAUUGCUAACUACACUUUAACUCUCAGCACAAAUGAUAAUAUUCAAUCUCAGAUAUAAGUCUUCUCGUAUGGGUGCUUAGAUUUAGAUUAAUUAAAGACUACAAUCCCAGAUAAUUGUGCAACAUAACCAGAGAUUGAUAGCAUUGUAAAUGGUUUAAACGCAGGUUAAAGAAUGAAAUUUUAUACAUCUUAAUAUAAUGUCACUUCUUAACAAAAAUAAAUCAAUUAUAGAAACGCUUUUGUUUAUACUGUAGCUAAUUAAUAUAUUUUAAGUACUUUUAGGACAUAGAAAUAAGUCACUUCAAUUAAAGAGGGCUUUUUUGUUUAAUCUUAGACAAAAUUUUCUUCACCUAUAUAGUAUGAGUUAUAAAAUUAGGUUUUAGACAGAUAAUAUGCACUAACUCAAGUUGGAGAAGGGCCAUUCAUUUAAAUUAGUGUUGAAAUGGACGAAAUUGUGCAGUAGAUUUAGGUUCAGUAUUCUACUCUACCUUCAGUCCUUGCAUAGGUUAACAGCACAAUAGCAGCUUUAAUGCUCAUUGGUAUUAUAGGAAAGCAGUUUUCAUAGAAUUCUUUAAGAAACGAUUUCUAAAUGAUUUUACUAAAAAAUGUAUUUCAAGAGAAGUACUUUGAGAUUUUAAAUAUCAACAAACUACUAAAUGCUUAAAAUUUUGAACAGAGAAAUCAAACUUACUAGAAGAAUUUAUCAUAAUAAUAAAUUGAAGAGAAUCUGGAGAGAUUAGAGAAAGAUGACAAUUAUUCUAUAUCUAUACCUACAAACAGCUACAAAUUCAAACAAGAAAUCUAAAUUAAAAACCAACCUGAAUUUAGUAAUGCCUUGAAGUAAUAUGAAAUAAGUCAAGACGAAAUAAAAUAAACAGAUAAUAGUUUAUCGAUAAGAUAGCCAAAUUAUUUAGAAACAGAAUAAUGCUAAAAGAAUAUCUUAGUUGAGAAAAUUUAGAAGGCUGAGAGAUUUUUUAUGAAGAAGGAAGAAAGUGAUUAAUAUUAAAAUGACACUAUAUGUAAUAAUUUAGAGCUGCUUCACUCUACAAGUAGAAGUAUGAAUGAAAAAAACAAAAUAUAAAAUAUUACUUUGCUAAAUAUGCUUUAAAAUUCACCUGUUGUACAAAAGAAUAAUUACUCUGGUGAUUUUACUCCAAACAAAUUCAAAAAUAAAAAUAGUGAGCAAAAAAGCGAUGCUAAUAAGCAUUAUUCUUUGAAAUUUGUUGCACUAAAAGAUAAAAAUAUGGCAAAUAAAAUUUAAAAAAUUAUCUUCAAGACAAAAUUUUGCAAGAAACAAGAAUUUCUAAAAUCUUAAGGUUUAAGUAAAUAAUCGAUCAAGAUUAUUGAAAGUUAGAUAGAUAAAGACUUGGAUAUUUUGGAAUUGUACCAAGAUAUCAUCUUUUUAAAAAAAGCAAUCAUGAUACUAUUUACUACUGAUCAACUAGCGGCUAUCAGACUGAUUGGAUGCUCAUCAAGUUUUUUGGAUUCAGAUAUAAUAGACUUUGAAACUCAAAAAGAUAUAAGCCAUUAUGAAAAGCAGUUUGCAAUAUCUUUAUCAGACGAGUUAUAGUAUAAAUAUGUUAAUAAAUUCUUAAAGAGGUGUUAAGAGAGUGAAUCAAUUGAUUAAUUAGAUGAAAAAAUAUUAACCUCUAUGUAUAAGUAAAAAGUAUCUUGA